UCUUCUUCUUCGCGUCGCCGUUGUCGGAUGGCGUCCGCGGGCUCGGCGCCGCAUGUGGGCGACGUGGAAGAAGAUGCCUCGCAGCUGCUCUUUCCCAAAGAGUUUGAGAAUUCGGAGACGCUGCUGAACUCUGAAGUGCGCAUGUUGCUGGAGCACCGCAAGCAGCAGAACGAGAGCGCCGAGGACGAGCAGGAACUCUCGGAGGUCUUCAUGAAGACCCUCAACUACACCGUGCGCUUCAGCCGCUUCAAGAACCGCGAGACCAUUACGGCCGUGCGCAGCCUCCUCUUACAGAAAAAGCUCCACAAGUUCGAGUUGGCCAGUUUGGCCAACUUGUGUCCUGAAGCGGCGGAGGAAGCCAAGGCCCUGAUCCCCAGUUUGGAGGGCCGCUUUGAAGACGAGGAGCUGCAGCAGAUUCUGGAUGACAUCCAGACAAAGAGAAGCUUCCAGUACUGACGCCACCUAGCGGCCGGCUGCCUGCUGUUCCAAUGUUUUGACGUUUUUCUUUUUAAAGUUCUCAGAAAGCUUCUGCUCCCUGCUAACAACAAAACAAAUAUGAAUGUCCUUAAGUUGAACAUGAACAUAAAGACAAAGUGCCAGAUGGUGCAAGAGAAGAAAUAAAAUCAUUCAUUCCCAGUCAAA